GCAGAAGACAAGAAAGAUCAAAGUCAAGCAACAAGAGACAGUUGAACUACAGAAGACAAGAGACAUCAAGAGUUAGAGGUACAAGACAUGAAACACCCAUUAAAAGAUACAGAAAAAUAAAAAGUGACCUGCAGUUACAAGAUAUAAUAGCAUGGUCAGGGGACAAAAACACUGACAUAAAGAAAGAAACAGUAGUAGCAAAGGAGAAGAAGGCCAAAAUGAACAUAUUAGAUCAAGAAAGAAUAUUACCAGUAGAAGAU